AUGCAGCUAAGACUAUCAAUUAUCUCACGAUUCAGCUCCCCUCUCACUCUUAUCCCAUAUCUUCUCAUUCUGUCACUUAUCCCUUCAUAUGCAGUUAAGACUAUCCAUAUUCUCACGAUUCUGCUCCCCUCUCACUCUUUUCCCAUAUCUGCUCAUUCUGUCCCUUAUCCCUUCAUAUACUAUCUUCUCAUUCUGUCCCUUAUCCCAUCAUAUGCAGCUAAGACUAUCAAUUAUCUCACGAUUCAGCCCCUCUCACUCUUUUUCCAUAUCUUCUCAUUCUGUCCCUUAUCCCAUCAUAUGCAGCUAAGACUAUCAAUUAUCUCACGAUUCAUUCUCCCCUCUCACUCUUUUUCAUAUCUUCUCAUUCUGUCCCUUAUCCCAUCAUAUGCAGCUAAGACUAUCAAUUAUCUCACGAUUCAGCUCCCUCUCACACUUUUUCCAUAUCUUCUCAUUCUGUCCCUUAUCCCAUCAUAUGCAGCUAAGACUAUCAAUUAUCUCACGAUUCAGCUCCCCUCUCACUCUUUUUUCCAUAUCUUCUCAUUCUCUCUCACUCUUUUCUCGUAUCUUCUCAUUCUGUCCCUUAUCCCAUCAUAUGCAGCUAAGACUAUCAAUUAUCUCACCCCUUCAGCUCCCCUCUCACUCUUUUUCCAUAUCUUCUCAUUCUGUCCCUUAUCCCAUCAUAUGCAGCUAAGACUAUCAAUUAUCUCACGAUUCAGCUCCCCUCUCACUCUUUUUCCAUAUCUUCUCAUUCUGUCCCUUAUCCCAUCAUAUGCAGCUAAGACUAUCAAUUAUCUCACGAUUCAGCUCCCCUCUCACUCUUUUUCCAUAUCUUCUCAUUCUGUCCCUUAUCCCAUCAUAUACUAUCAAUUAUCUCACGAUUCUCCUCCCCCUCUCACUCUUUUUCCAUAUCUUCUCAUUCUGUCCCUUAUCCCAUCAUAUGUAGCUAAGACUAUCAAUUAUCUCACGAUUCUCCUCCCCCGUAUCACUCUUUUUCUCAUAUGUAUCUUCUCAUUCUGUCCCUUUAUCCCAUCAUAUGCAGCUAAGACUAUCAAUUAUCUAUCUCUCCCUCUCACCAUAUCUUCUCAUUCUCUAUUUUCUUUCUCCUUCCAUAUUUUCUUCUUCUCAUUCUGUCCCUUAUCCCAUCAUAUGCAGCUAAGACUAUCCAUUAUCUCACGAUUCUGCUCCCCUCUCACUCUUUUUCCAUAUCUUCUCAUUCUGUCCCUUAUCCCAUCAUAUGUAUUAAGAGCUAUCUCUCGAUUCAGCCCCCCAGACUAUUUCCCUCAUUAUCCCUUAUCCCAUCAUAUGCAGAUUCAAUUAUCUCUUCCUCCCCUCACUCUUUUCCCAGAUCUUCUCAUUCUGUCCCUUAUCCCAUCAUAUGCAGCUAAGACUAUCAAUUAUCUCACGAUUCAGCUCCCCUCUCACUCUUUUUCCAUAUCUUCUCAUUCUGUCCCUUAUCCCAUCAUAUGCAGCUAA